AUGGCCGACAUGGCUGCCGUCGACGACAAGCUUUCCCCUGGUCACGAUGACCUGCAACAGCCCGGCAACGGCGCUGAUGCCCGCGGUACCAAGCGCGGUCGCAUUAGUGCUGAGGACGACGACGAUGAUGAUGACAAGCCUGGUCGUGAGCGUCGCAAGAUCGAGAUCAAGUUCAUCCAGGACAAGUCGCGUCGCCACAUCACCUUCUCCAAGCGCAAGGCCGGUAUUAUGAAGAAGGCCUACGAGUUGUCUGUUCUCACCGGCACCCAGGUGCUCCUCCUUGUCGUCUCCGAGACCGGCCUGGUUUAUACCUUCACCACCCCCAAGCUGCAGCCUCUCGUCACCAAGGCUGAGGGCAAGAACCUGAUCCAGGCCUGCUUGAAUGCUCCCGACCCGACCACCAACGAGAAUGGCGUUGACGCCUCCGACGUUCCGCCCGAGGCCCCCGAGGACGUUGCCCAUAACAAUGUCAACGCUCCUCAGGCCAACAUGGCCCGCCCCGGCAUGCAUCCUGGCUACAUGACCAAUGAGCAGCAGCAACAGAUGGCCUACUACCAGAACCUGCAGCAGCAACAACAGCAGGCGGGUGGCCAGUACCCCGGCAUGCCCGUCGGCAACCGCAUGCCGCCGCAGCACCAGCCCACCGCAUAA